AUGAUUUUUAGCCUUUUCGAGAUUUAUGAUCCACACACUUUUUUUUUUAAUCUAAGUUUUAACUGAUUUCCUAUUCUCUUGAUUUUAUUGUUUAGUAUGUCUGAUUUUUGGUGUUUAAUUCCUUCUGUUGUUUAUUUAUACACUUCUUUCUUAGGAUUUUUAACUAAGGAGUUUGUUAAUUUUUAUCUUUAUAACAAAAUAAUUAUUAGGGUAUUUUUAUUUAUUUCCUUAUUUUUGUUUUUAUUAUUUACUAAUAUCUUAGGAUUAAUUCCUUACGUUUUUUCUUGUUCAUCACAUUUUGUGUUUUCUAUUAGAUUUGGAUUUCCUUUCUGAAUCUCUUUUAUCUUCUUGGGUUGGUUUAAUUUUAAUAGAAAGUCUUUUUCUCACUUAGUCCCCCUGGGUACUCCAUUAAUCUUAAUUUCUUUUAUGGUUGUAAUUGAGACUAUUAGAGCUCUGAUUCGGCCUUGGUCUCUAAGAAUUCGACUAAUAUCUAACAUGAUUUCUGGCCAUUUAUUAAUAAUUCUUUUAGGAAAUUGUGGAUUUUAUAUAUUUUUAAUUCAGAUAGUUCUAUUUCUUUUUGAAUUUUUUGUCUGUUUUAUCCAAGCCUUUGUAUUUUCUGUCCUACUAACCCUUUAUUCUAGUGAAAUUUAA